GAGGAACUGAACGCUAUCUCCAUGAGAUUUCUCGUGCCGCUGCUGGUGGUGGUCGCACUCGAGUGUCCCACCGCCCUCGGGGGCAAUCCGCACCGUGCCACGUUCAAAAGCCUUCGCCAGCUGGAUCGCGAGUGCCAUCGGUACCUGAGCAGGGAUGCCUGCGGAGAUUGUGCGACCCGCUGUCGGGGGGUUAUCGCUCGAUACUGGAAGGAUGGCGUGGGACUUCCGGCCGUGACCGUAAACCGCUUCUACUGCCCGGAUGCGGGUGACGUGGAUCACUACGAUCGAACUAGGGCUUGUUUGGAGGAGAUCGCUUCGAAGGUACCGCUGAGAAAGAGCUGUCUGCGGGCGACAUGCACCAUGAAGUGCUACGACAAUCAGUACGGUCAGCUGAAACCCAAGGUGCCAGCUUUCGUUCCGUUCACCGAUCUACAUCAUCAGCAGAACUUGCGCAAGUGUAUAUCGAUGCUUUCGAUCUCGCGAAGUCGGAUCGCGAAGAUUGCGAAGCAUGGCAUUCUGAAUGUACCGGAAGGAAGGUGUCUGCUGAGGUGUUUCAUGGUACGGGAGGGGCUUUACCGUGACGACGUUGGGCCUGACUUCGAUCGAAUCUAUGUGCAGUUUGCCAUCCGCGAAGUGGACGAUGAGAUGCGACGGGAAACGGCGCAAUGUGUGGAUCGAGUGCUAUCGGAGCCGCUGGAUAGCUGUACUCGGGCAUCGCACGUAGCGAACGAGUGCUUCAACUCUGUGUUCCCGACCUUUGUCAGUCACAUCCAUAAGUUCGUGAGGUUCAGUAAAGUGCUGUACAGACCCGUCAAGAAUACUGUUGAACCCGAUACCGAUUCGGAUGAUUUGAUUGACGAUGGUCAAUCCUUACCCGGGUUUCUGGAUGAAGCUGUCCCCGUCAUUGUGUUGCCUCCAAUUAUUCUUCCAGCCGAACCUGGCAGCCAAAUGGAGUCGACCACAGCUGAGCCUGAAAUAACAACAGUUGUCACAACCGAAAUCGACUCAAGUUCAACAUCAGAUACUACUACAGAAUCAACUGCUGAGCCUGAAGUUACAACAGUUACUACGACAGAAAUCGAACCAAACCCAACACGAGCUAAGAGGUUGGAUGAACAAAUGAUGACUACCGUAACACCCCCUUUGUUAACCACAGAGGAAGUAACGCUAUCAUCUGAGUUCAGUGUCCGAGACGAUACCAGAACGACCGUACUCUUCACACAGAGUAGCGCUUUCGAAAACGUUAGUACUCUCUCGUCAUUUAAUGAAUCGUUAGGUAUCUCAUCUACGGAGCUACCACAGAGUCCUACAACUACCAAGGCGCGAUCCGCCAUGACGCUGCCAUCAAGCAGGGAAACCACUACAAACAUAUCUUCAACAGCUACCACAUCAUCAACGCAAACAGUAACAGAAGAAACGACGGCCUCGAAAUCCAUCGUCGCGGUCACAAAGCCUUAUACAAGCACAGAGCUGUCAACAGCCACAGUGUCGGUUACCGUAGCCCCAACUGUCACAAUAACAUCAACAAUAAAAAUACCGACGACGGUAACAAAUCCGUCAACAGUUCCAUCGAAUUCAACAUCCACGAUGCUGUCAAGACUAGCGGCCAAUACAAAACCAUCGACCACAGGAACGCGUGUUCCUAUGUUAAUCCCCUCUACAACCGUUAUGACUACUACCACUACCGCGCAUGUUCCGCGAUCGAUCGAACUUGUAUCACCGACAACAAUACUUCCGAAAACCUCAUCGACUGUAACGGUCACACGUACCAGAUUAAGUCCAGCUACCACAAAACCAACAAAAAUAAUGACCACAACAGAAGCAACAACAUCUUCAACGCUAAAUCUUAGUCCGGUAACUACGACCGUCCUAACGACCGUACCCACGACACGAGUCCCAAGUACCCGAAGGCCUAGUACCAGCGUGAUCCAUCCGGAGCCAACAAGCACCACGAGCAUGCCCACGACGCAAACCUUGCGCACCGGCACCAGGGUGAAGCAGAAACGGACACGGCGAUCCACAACCGGACCCAUCGUCGGGAGGGUUUCCAAAUGGGACUCCCCGAUGCAGGAUGUCCUGAUGGAGGUGAGAAUCGUGGAGAGUGACUGUGAGUGAAUACUGAGUUGAGGUCAGACUAGAAUUUUAGGGUUAUUUAAUGUUCGGUUAAGCUACGUAAAUCUGCCAAUGUAAAUAUAUACACUCCGUGACACAUCUCCAGUUGAUCCACGCAUCAUUGUCCAACACACCAUCAGCCAUCAGUGAAUCGAAAUAGUUACAGUUUUUUUGAGCAUCAAAUGAGCAAUGACAGUAUUUGGUGUAGCAGAAAAAAAUCAUGUUGAGGGUUUUAUGUAAAUAACUAGGGUAAUUGUAAGUUAUGAAAUAAAUAGUAUAUUGAAACACUCGUUAUUCAAUAUUAUUAGCAAUAACCAAUAGGCAUUUAAAUCAACAUAUGAUCAGUUGCAUAUGCUAUU